AUGGAACAAGGACCAGCCAGGAACAUUGUUCAUAUGCGAAAAUGGAGCCCCCAAGGUGUUAAACACAUGGUCCUCGAGUUAAGAUUACAUGUCCUUUCUUUUGCAAUUACAGGAAACGACAAUAGUGAAACACUCCCAGAGUCCAUCCCAUCUGCACCUGGGACUCUGCCCCAUUUUAUGCAAGAGCCAGAUGAUGCCUACAUCAUUAAAAGCAACCCUAUAGUGUUACGCUGCAGAGCCAGGCCUGCAAUGCAAAUCUUCUUCAAGUGCAACGGGGAAUGGGUGCACCAGAAUGAGCACGUGUCUGAAGAGAGUAUGGAUACAAGUACAGGCAUGAAGGUUCGGGAGGCAUAUAUCAAUGUGACAAGGCAGCAAGUGGAGGAUUUUCAUGGACCAGAAGACUACUGGUGCCAGUGCGUUGCAUGGAGCCACCUGGGGACCUCAAAGAGCAGGAAGGCUUCUGUCCGCAUUGCCUAUUUACGCAAAAACUUUGAGCAAGACCCCCAGGGAAAGGAAGUGCCAAUUGAAGGGAUGAUAGUGUUGCACUGUCGGCCACCAGAGGGAGUACCUACAGCGGAGGUGAAAUGGCUUAAAAAUGAAGAACCCAUUGAUGCUGAGCAGGAUGAGAAUAUUGACACCCGAGCAGAUCACAACUUGAUCAUUCGUCAAGCCCGUCUGUCUGAUUCGGGGAACUACACAUGUAUGGCAGCCAAUGUCGUUGCUGAGAGAAGAAGCUUGUCAGCCACCGUGGUAGUCUAUGUGAAUGGAGGCUGGUCUUCAUGGACAGAGUGGUCCACCUGCAAUGUACGAUGUGGCAGAGGGUGGCAGAAGAGAUCGCGGACCUGCACCAACCCAGCUCCUCUCAACGGAGGUGCUUUCUGCGAGGGAAUGUCUGUGCAAAAGAUCACCUGCACCUCAUUGUGUCCUGUGGAUGGUGGCUGGGAAGUGUGGAGUGAGUGGUCUGUCUGCAGCCCGGAGUGUGAACACUUGAGGAUCCGUGAAUGCACUGCUCCAGCUCCACGGAAUGGUGGGAAAUUCUGUGAAGGGCCAAGCCAAGAAUCUGAGAAUUGCACUGAAGGUCUUUGCAUUCAAGAUAGAAAGCCUCUUCAUGAAAUAAAACCCCAAAACAUUGAAAAUGCAACGGAUAUUGCCUUGUACUCAGGCUUGGGUGCCGCUGUCAUUGCAGUCGCCAUCAUUGUAGUCGGUGUGACUCUCUACCGACGGAGCCAGAGUGAAUACGGUGUGGAUGUGAUCGACUCCUCAGCUCUGACAGGAGGCUUCCAGACCUUUAAUUUUAAAACUGUUCGGCAAGGUAACUCCUUGCUUUUGAACUCAUCCAUGCAGCCUGACCUGACCGUGAGUAGGACCUACAGUGGACCCAUUUGCCUUCAGGACCCCAUUGACAAGGAGCUUAUGACAGAAUCGUCUCUCUUCAAUCCUUUGUCUGACAUUAAGGUCAAAGUUCAGAGUUCAUUUAUGGUUUCAUUGGGAGUGACAGAAAGAUCGGAAUACCAUGGAAAAACUCAUUCUGGGACCUUUCCACACGACAGUAACAGAACCUUCAAUGCCAUCCAUGCAAAGAACAAAGCUGCGUACAUCCAGAAUCUUUCAUCAGUCUCCAAACAGAGUGAGAUGAGGGCUAUCGGUGUAUUUAGUCACCAGGGAGGACGCUUGGGAAUUCCCAAUACAGGUGUUAGCCUGCUGAUCCCUCAUGGUGCUAUUCCUGAAGAAACAUCUUGGGAAAUCUAUCUUGCCAUCAACCAAGGUGAAUCCAGCCUGCAGCCAGAAGGCAGUGAAGUCCUCCUUGGUCCAGAGGUAACAUGCGGCCCUCCAGAAGUGACAGUCUCUACGCCAUUUGCCUUGACAAUACCACACUGUGCAGAAGUGAAUUCUGAGCACUGGAACAUCCAUUUGAAAAAGAAAAGGCAUCAGGGCAAGUGGGAGGAAGUCAUGUCUGUGGAAGAGGAAACCACUUCUUGUUACUGCCUCUUGGACCCUUCUGCCUGUCACAUACUCUUGGACUCUUUUGGAACUUAUGCUCUCAUUGGGGAGCCGCUCUCUGAUUGUUCUGUUAAAGAACUGAAAGUAGCAGUCUUUGGCUGUAUGUCUUGUAACUCACUGGAUUAUAGUCUCAGAGUGUACUGUGUGGAUAAUACCCCUUGUGCAUUUCAGGAAGUGAUUAUAGACGAAAGACGCCAAGGGGGUCAGUUGCUGGAAGAACCAAAGCUGUUGCAUUUCAAAGGGAAUACCUUCAGUCUUCAGAUCUCUGUCCUUGAUAUCCCACCUUUCCUCUGGAGAAUCAAACCAUUCACAGCAUGUCAGGAAGUUCCUUUCUCUCGUGUGUGGCAGAGCCACCAGCAGCCACUCCACUGUGCCUUUUCACUGGAGCGCUAUACUCCCGCCACCACACAACUCUCAUGCAAAAUUUGUGUCAGACAAGUCAAAGGCCAUGAACAAAUCUUACAGAUCCAGACUUCUAUUCUCGAGAAUGAAAGAGAAACCAUCACUUUCUUUGCACAUGAUGACAGCCACUUUCCUGCUCAGAUGGGACCACAAGCCUUCAAGAUACCGUACUCUAUCAGGCAGAGAAUAUGUGCGACUUUUGACACACCCAGUGCCAAAGGCAAAGACUGGCAGAUGUUAGCACAGAAAAACAGCAUCGACAGGAAUUUGUCCUACUUUGCCACCCAGCACAGUCCAUCUGCUGUCAUUUUGGACUUGUGGGAAGCCAGGCAUCAACAUGAUGAUGACUUAGACUCUCUAGCCUGUGCUUUGGAAGAGAUAGGAAGGACACAGCCCCAAAUCAAUAACCUUUCAGAAACUCAGAUCGAGGAGUCCAACUUCAGCUACAGCAGACAAAAUGGACUUUAGUCAUUGCUUUCCUUUUAAAGAAUCAAAAGCCAGCCUGGACUUUCUACUUAACAGGAUUCCCAUCACAAGGAGGGAAACCAUGUGUUACGACUGCAGCAUACACACAUAUAUCUCUUUCAUGUUUCAUACAAUGGCUCACUCUCUCAUACCAUCAAGCCAGUUUCUACUUGGAGGAAGGGAAGACACUGGUCACCCAGAAGGAAAGACCUGCCGCUCUGCAAAAUGGUUGUUGUGAGAGGGGGAAAACUCAUCUCCUGACAGCAAAGGUUAAGUUUGAUACUUGGGUAAUGAAAAUCAGUCUGGUCCUUAGGGGACCGUGUUUAGGAAUAAAUACUACGAGGAUCAAGAGAAAAAAAGAUGAAAAUGAUUGCUAUCUCCUAGAACCUAGGCAUUCCUGUGGUUUAGAUGGUUGAGUCAGUACUCAUCUGUUCCUUUUAUGAUUAUAUGUUUUAAAUAUGGGCUGUUAAUGUGGACCGGGAAGCACAGAUGCCACUGAGGGUGAAUCAGGAAACAAUGCAUUAUUAAAAGCUGGUAUUAGGGAAAAAUACCAGUCUUAGAAUGGAAGACUAAGCUAAGCCUCUGCAGAGGAUCAAAAACAUUAGUUAGGCUUCCCAACAGGAAUCAAAAUUAAGCCCUGGGGUGGGGGGAGGUUAGAAGUACCACUGCCACUAUUAAGGGUGAAUCCCACUGCUGAGAAACUUUUCAACACUUUCUCAACCUCCCAUAUAAAUUAGAUGAAACAGUCCCAUCGAUUUACAUGUCUUCAAAAAGCAAAAAAAAGUGCAGGCAGAGAGCGCUUCAAGAGGCGAUCUGUACACAGUUCUAGAAAACACUCCCGGUGAUGAAGUUGAAUGUAAAGAUAACGAUUGACUUGACUAAUGUCUACUUAAGUGCAGAAAUACACAUGACAGGGUAGAUCUGAUGAUUGCUGUUGCUGUGUGUGUUUGACUUUAAAACCAUGUGUAAGGGAUAAGAAGAAGUCUUGUUUUUUCAAGAAAUUCUGCAGAGGAAGUUGAGAAGGAAGUGUUUCACUCUUUCUCCUGUACCAUUUCUCUGGUAAAAACCAAACCACCAAUGGUGCUAUUAGACCUCAGGAAACACACACUCACUCACACACACAUAGACAUCUGUGUCAUGCCUGUAUUUUCUCCCAUGGUGGCGAGUGUGAAAGAAAAAAAUAGAUCUGUAGAAUAGCCUUCUCAGUGUUCCUGGUAUAACGGCCAGUGCCCCAUGUGGUUGCUUUAGAGAGGGGCAAAGCAUUGGAAGACCAGAUCCUAUCAGAGGUAGCCAAAAAAAUAAUAAUCCACACAGUUCAUCUCACACACACUGCUGAUAAACUGAAAAACAAAAAACCCAAGCCAUCAAUCUGGGAAAAAAUGCAAGUAAUAUAUUCAUCCAUUAAGACAGUGCACAGGUCUUAAUAUUCUAGCUUUGAAUUCCUGUCAUACCUGUGAUGUUGAAGAAAUUUGUAACAGUUUCAAAUGAUUUCUAUGACUCUGAUUCACAGAAUAUGUAGUAGACUGGCUUUUUCCAAGUCAUGUGCCUGCCUGCCUUUCUUCCUUUCUCUCUCUCUCGGCUUUCCAGAAUUAUAUACAAGUUUGGACAUGUAAAAGUACAAAAGUUUUUAGAAAAUACACUAACAUGUAUGCCAUUUAUUAAAAACAACAACAAAGUUUUACACAUCUGUAUGCAUGCUCUGCUCAUUGAUUGCAGAGCCAAGAAAACAUGCAAAAUAUUUCACAUGCCAGUGAAAACACUGAAAAUUGUGGCAGACUUUUUUGCAUGGUUUUCCAAAGGGGGCAGGGAAAAUAUUAGAAUCUGUAAAAGAGCAGACGAUGGAACGGCUGACUCCUGACACAGAUGGUUCAGAUUAAAAAAACAUUUGUACAUUCCUAAUUCAAACUGUGUUGAAAUUUUGAAACACGAGACUCCUCAGUUCUGAUAUUCUUCUUUAACAGUUAAAGGCAGGCAGGUACAUUAUGAUCAUCACCAUGGAGGGAAAUCAUGGACCGACUGGAUUUGGCUCAUGCAGAUAGGUGAAAGCUUGAUUCGUUUUUGGUAAUAACUUACAAACAUUAGCAACUUUCUUCAUAAUUGCAAUGGAAGAACUUUAGACUUUAAAUAAUACUGAUCAUGCUGUCUUAGAAAGUAAAACAGAGAGAUUUGACUAUACCCA